GUGCGGCAGGCCAACUGGUGCCGACCAGGGUGGCCUAUAGGAGCUCCCGUCCGGCGUCCGCCACUGCCUUCCGCCACUCCCCAAAACCCCAGACUCCGAAGCCGCCACCGAGCCGAAGCGCCGGAACCCUCAGCGCCGCCCAAGUCGCCGUCUUCUCCCAGCGAAGCAGAGAUGGAUACUUCAGUUCCUUCACCAUUUGUCAAUGGAGAGACUCUGAAGAUGUUUGUUGGGCGAAGGGUGCGCACAGUGGUUCAAGUCCAACGCAAUGAAAGUGGAGUUCUUGCCGUCCAGUCCACUGAUGGGCAUCAGUUGACCAUCAGAGGUGCUCCUGGUGCCCCUGAAGCACCGCACUAUAUAGAGGUUAUUGGAAUCCCUGACAGCAACCAGUCCAUCCGCGCUGAAAGUUGGACAGAUUUUGGUGAAAACUUCGAUCCUGUGCCAUUCAAUGGACUGUGCAAGCUUGCGAGCGACAAGUACAAGUACCUGUUCCUGUAGAAGUUCAGCAUCGCAUAGAAGACGUUUGGCAAAUCAACCAUGCUUGGAAUUGAUGCUGCGUUUAUCGCUUUAGGAUCUGUUCAAACGUUACUUCAGUCACCUCAGUAAUCUAUUAGUUUGGGUCAACUUUAUGCACUUAUUAGACAUAUUAACCUAAUCUAAUCUAUGUAUCGCUAUGGCGGCAAGUGUGUGCGCCCCUUGCAGUUGAAGAGCUUAUUUCCUUUGCUGUUUCUAAGCGAAGUAAACCAAAAGCUUUAUGUUAC